AUGGUCACGAGAGCUGACAAAGGUCAGAUCUCUGUCGUUAUGGACAAGAGUGAUUAUUUCGACAAGAUGGAAUUGCUGUUGAGUGACACAACCACUUACAGGGAAUUAAAAAAGGAUCCCUUGAAAAGAUUAACAAAUAAAAUCAAUGAGUUAGUCAAGUCUUGGCGUAGGAGCGGUUUGAUCGGUGAGUUGACAUAUAAAAACUUAAAUUGCACCAACGGAAAUUUACCGCGAUGCUACGGGCUGCCGAAGAUUCAUAAAGAUGGUUUUCCGUUGAGAAUCAUAGUAUCUGCUUUGGGAAGCCCAUUAUACAAUAUCUCGAGUUACAUCCACGAUAUCCUACAAAAAUCGAUAAGAAAACCAAAUUCAUAUAUCAAAGAUGGUUGGUCCUUUGUCGAAAUUAUCAAGAACACUGAUAUUGACAAAGAUAACAUUAUGGUUUCGUUGGAUGUGGCUUCAUUAUUCACUAACGUCCCAAAAGAUUUGGUAGUAAAGGCCAUACGGAAACGCUGGGAAGAUAUUGCCAAGAACACUAAAUUCAAUCUUUCUCAAUUUUUAUUUGCAACUGAAUUGAUCUUGGAUUCAACUUGUUUUGCAUUUAACGGACGUUUUUAUGAGCAGAUCUUCGGCACCCCCAUGGGCUCUCCACUUUCACCUAUCUUAGCAGAUAUGGUAAUGGAAGAUAUGGAGAUUCAAUGUCUAAACUCAUUAGGUUUUACCGUUCCUACUUAUUAUAGAUUUGUCGAUGACGUUUUCGCAACAGUACCACGCGCAAAAAUCAACGAGAUCUUGACAAAGUUUAACAAUUACCACGAACGCUUAAGAUUCACUUAUGAGACUGAAGUUGACUCAUCCAUUAGCUUUUUGAAUGUAAAAAUUAUUCGGUCCGAUAAUAGACUUAUCACAAAUUGGUUCCGGAAACCUACAUGGUCAGGGAGGAGAAUGUUUAUUCAGCAAUACCUACUUCGAUGCAAGUGUUAA